UUUAUUUGUGUUUUCCUCUGGAAGUCUUUGUAAGAUUGGAGUGAGGAAGUUAUCACAGCACAAACGUGCAGCUGAAGUCGGAACUGUUCAUCACAGCAACCAAGGACAUCUGUGCCUGGCUUCACACCUCUAAGUUGUGAUUGAACAUUAAUUUAUGCAUUUGUGGAUAACACAAAUAGUAUUAUUUUCAACACCCUUUGCUUUGUCAGCUAAAUUUAGCUUUCAGAAACAUUUAUUUUGAAGCCAGACAGCCGAAAUUGUGUGCUCGGAGUUUUGGGUUAACAUUCAUUUUGAAGAUACUAGGGCUUCCAGGCAUUUUUCUAACUAUUUGUCCUCUCAUUGUGUGCCAUAACAGCCCGUGUGAUGAAUUUGGGACGCUUUUUUACGAUAUCAUGUAUAUGUGAAUAAGUAUAGACGUGUAAGGCACGUGUUACUGUGUAUUUGCAUUGAUACUGAUGUGUAGAUGGUGUGGAUCUAUUUUUCUGUCUGCAGCUGUCGCUGCCUCUACAGAAUUUGUCUGAUGGAGCAAAGGCAGUCGGCGCGGCUCGGUGCAAAAAGGCAACAAUGCGACCGGUGUGCAUACAGCACGGAUCGUACUGAAAAUUUGACACAGCACCAGAGAACUCACACAGGAGAGAAACCCUUCAAGUGCAGUGUGUGUGGGAAGCCGUUUGCACGUCCAUCUGUUCUUGUAACACACCAGAGAACACACACGGGAGAGAAGCCCUUCAAGUGCAGUGUGUGUGGGAAGGCGUUUGCAGAGUCAUCUACUCUUAAAAUACACCACAGAACACACACGGGAGAGAAACCCUUCAAGUGCAGUGUGUGUGGGAAGACAUUUUUAUAUUCAUCUGCUCUUGUAACACACCAGAGAACACACACGGGAGAGAAACCCUUCAAGUGCAGUGUGUGUGGGAAGGCGUUUACACAGUCACCACAUCUAGUAAAACACCAGAGAACACACACGGAAGAGAAACCCUUCAAGUGCAGUGUGUGUGGGAAGGCGUUUGCACAUUCAAUUACUCUUGUAGAACACCAGAGAACACACACGGGAGAGAAACCCUUCAGGUGCAGUGUGUGUGGGAAGGCGUUUGCACAUUCAAUUACUCUUGUAGAACACCAGAGAACACACACGAGAGAGAAACCCUUCAGGUGCAGUGUGUGUGGGAAGGCGUUUGCACAGUUAUCUGGUCUUGUAGAACACCGGAGAACACACACGCGAGAGAAACCCUUCAAGUGCAGUGUGUGUGGGAAGGCAUUUUUAUAUUCAUCUGCUCUUGUAACACACCAGAGAACACACACGGGAGAGAAACCCUUCAAGUGCAGUGUGUGUGGGAAGGCGUUUGCACAGUCACCACAUCUUGUGAAACACCAGAGAGCACACACGGGAGAGAAACCCUUCAAGUGCAGUGUGUGUGGGAAGGCGUUUACACAUUCAAUUACUCUUGUAGUACACCAGAGAACACACACGGGAGAGAAACCCUUCAAGUGCAGUGUGUGUGGGAAGGCGUUUGCACAGUCACCACAUCUUGUAAAACACCAGAGAGCACACACGGGAGAGAAACCCUUCAAGUGCAGUGUGUGUGGGAAGGCGUUUACACAUUCAAUUACUUUUGUAGUACACCAGAGAACACACACGGGAGAGAAACCCUUCAAGUGCAGUGUGUGUGGGAAGGCGUUUGCACUUUCAUCGACUCUUAAAAAACACCAGAGAACACACACGGGAGAGAAACCCUUCAAGUGCAGUGUGUGUGGGAAGGCGUUUGCACUUUCAUCGACUCUUAAAAAACACCAGAGAACACACACGGGAGAGAAACCCUUCAAGUGCAGUGUGUGUGGGAAGGCGUUUAUAGAUUCAUCUAGUCUUGUAGCACACCAGAGAACACACACGGGAGAGAAACCCUUCAAGUGCAGUGUGUGUGGGAAUGCGUUUGCACAUUUAUCUUCUCUUAUAACACACCAGAGAUCACACACGGGAGAGAAACCCUUCAAGUGCAGUGUGUGUGGGAAGGCGUUUGCACAGUCAUCUGCUCUUGUAAAACACCAGAGAACACACACGGGAGAGAAACCCUUCAAGUGCAGUGUGUGUGGGAAGGCGUUUGCACGUUCAUCUUCUCUUAUAAUACACCAGAGAUCACACACGGGAGAUAAACCCUUCAAGUGCAGUGUGUGUGGGAAGGCGUUUGCACACUCACCACAUCUUGUAGAACACCAGAGAACACACACGGGAGAGAAACCCUUCAAGUGCAGUGUGUGUGGGAAGGCGUUUUCACGUUCAUCGACUCUUAAAAAACACCAGAGAACACACACGGGAGAGAAACCCUUCAAGUGCAGUGAGAGAACACACAUGGGAGAGAAACCCUUCAAGUGCAGUGUGUGUGGGAAGGCGUUUUCACGUUCAUCGACUCUUAAAAAACACCAGAGAACCCACACGGGAGAGAAGCCCUUCAAGUGCGGUGUGUGUGGGAAGGCGUUUGCACUUCCAUCUACUCUUGUAGCACACCAGAAAACACACACGGGAGACAAACCCUUCAGGUGCAGUGUGUGUGGGAAGGCGUUUGCACGGUCACCACAUCUUCAAAAACACCAGAGAUCACACAAGCAUCAUAAGAUCCACAAGGAGUGGAGUGUGAAAUCAGCUUGUGAAAGUCAAAGUGCCGUAAUGAGCCCAUCCCUCAUGAAACAAGAACCAGAAGAAAAUUCCAGCUUGAACACUUUUAAAGGUAUCGAAGUGAAAUGUGAGGAGGUGAAGGUGAAAUGUGAAGAAGUGAUGGUGAAGAGCGAAGAAGUGAAGGUAAAAUGUGAAGAUGAAGAGUCGACUCCAAAAUCGGACCACAGCGAUGGAGGCAACGUGAAGCAGGAGGAGAAUUCUGACUGUGAGGCAGAGCGAGGCAACUCCCAGCAGUUUGUGGAAGUGGAGGUGUGGGUGGACUUCUUGCCGCUCGACCCGUGCACUGAAAUCCGAGCCCAAGCCCGCUUGAGCUGCAAUACCGCUCUUGUUUUCACAAGCGACCUGCCCACAACAACAACAACAACAAGCUGUCGCUGCCUCUGCAGAAUUGGUCUGAUGGAGCAAAGGCCUUCGGCACGGCGCGGUGCAAAAAGGCAUCAAUGCGACCGGUGUGCAUACAGCACGGAUCGUACUGAACAUCUUACACAGCACCAGAGAACUCACACAGGAGAGAAACCUUUCAUGUGCAGUGUGUGUGGGAAGCCGUUUGCACGUUCAGCUCAUCUGGUAAUACACCAGAGAACACACACGGGAGAGAAACCCUUCAAGUGCAGUGUGUGUGGGAAGGCGUUUAUAGAUUCAUCUACUCUUGUAGCACACCAGAGAACACACACGGGAGAGAAACCCUUCAAGUGCAGUGUGUGUGGGAAAGGGUUUGCACAUUCAUCUUCUCUUAUACCACACCAGAGAACACACACGGGAGAGAAACCCUUCAAGUGCAGUGUGUGUGGGAAGUCGUUUAUAAAUGUAUCUACUCUUAUAGCACACCAGAGAACACACACGGGAGAGAAACCCUUCAAGUGCAGUGUGUGUGGGAAGGCGUUUUCACAGUCAUCUUCUCUUGUAUCGCACCAGAAAACACACACAGGAGAGAAACCCUUCAAGUGCAGUGUGUGUGAGACGGCGUUUGCACGUCCAUCUGCUCUUGUAACACACCAGAGGACACACACAGGAGAGAAACCCUUCAAGUGCAGUGUGUGUGGGAAGGCGUUUGCACAGUCACAACAUCUUCAAGGACACCAGAGAACACACAAGCAUCAGACGAUCCACCAGGAGCGUAGUCUGAAAUCAGCUUGUGAAAGUCAAAGUGCCGCAAUGAGCGCAUCCCUCAUUAAACAAGAAUCGGAAGAAUAUCCCAGCUUGGAAACUUUUGAAGGUAUCGAGGUGAAAUAUGAAGAGGUGAAGGUGGAAUAUGAAGAAGUGAUGGUGAAGAGCGAAGAAGUGAAGGUAAAAUGUGAAGAUGAAGAUUCAAUUCCAAAAUCGGACUUUCACAUCGAUGGAGGCAACGUGAAGCAGGAGGAGAAUUCUGACUGUGAGGCAGAGCGAGGCAACUCCCAGCAGUUUGUGGAAGUGGAGGUGUGGGUGGACUUCCUCCGAGACAAUACAAAGUCAAAUGGAGACCCGGUAGAUGUGUAAGCCAGAGACGAUGUCACUCCAAUAGAUGCACCUUUGUCACAGGCCUUUAAUGACAAUCAUCAUCAUCACCAUCAUCAUGGCUUGGCUUCGCGAACGAAGAUCUAGGAAGGACAUCCACGUCUUCUGCAGGCACGCUGGUGGCUGAAGAGGCCUAUGCGGGACAAGCAGGUCCUACCACAACAGCUGCAAGUAUAGGUCUCAUCUGGGAUGGGUGCUGAGGGAUCAUGGUUCUUCCUCCUUCUCCUUUUGUCCUCCAUAUGGGCCCUGCGGGUAUCUUCGAAGAAGGAGGUGGCCUGGUGGACUGUGUGCCGCCAGGAGUUGCGAUCAGCUGCUUGUGUUGCCCACUGACGGUGAUCGAUGCAGCAAGCAGUGAGGGACUUCUUCAGGGAGUCUUUGUAUCGCUUUCGUGGUGCCCCUAUGUCGCGAUGGCCAGAGGACAGUUCCCCAUACAGCACGAUCUUAGGCAAGCGGUUGUUCUCCAUCCUGGCGAUGUGCCCUGCCCAACGAAGCUGUGUCUUGAGGACCAUGGCCUCGAUGCUGAUGACCUUCGCUGACUUGAGGACUUCAGUGUUGGCGACGAAGUCACUCCAGUGAAUAUUGAAGAUUGUGCGGAGGCAGCGCUGAUGGAAACGCUCGAGGAGACUCAGGUGACGACGGUACGUGACCCAGGACUCAGCGCCAUACAGGAGAGUGGUCAGCACAACAGCUUUGUAGACGUUGACCUUUGUGGCUCUUUUAAGGUUUCUGUUGUUCCAGACACGUUUGUAUAGUCUGCCAAAUGCACUGUUUGCCUUGGCCAGCCUGUUGUCGACUUCGUUGUCGAUCUUGGCGUCAGACGAGAUGACGCACCCCAAGUAGCUGAACUGGUGGACAAUAAUGUGAAGUUAAACACUCAAUUCCUAGGUUCAACCUGCAGGGUAAGAGCGGCCAGUCUGUGUGGACCUGUGUGUUGGGUAGACCUCUAACCAGGAGCAAGAGCCAAUAAGCUCCCAAGCAUUCAUUAUGUUAUCAUAAUUGCAUUUGUAUGGUGCUUGCUUAAUCGCCUCGGCAAUUCGGAGUUUUGUAUCGUAUCUCGUCUCAAACACUCAAAGAGCACCCCCAUUUAACAGCUGCCCCUGUGUGGAACAAGGUGGUGGCUGUUGUAUAUAUAGGCCUUUUUUCAAAAUUGAUAUGAACAAUAAUUCCGCCAAAAUAUUUUUUUAAAUAAUCAACAGCAGCUGCGUUCUACAAAUCACACCAGGCAAGGAAGUAGCCAUAAAAGGUAAUAAAAAACCCAGGUGCAAAAAGGGGAGAGGGGGGGUGAUAAUGAGAUUCUGGGCAAAUCUCUCCCGGGCUUCAAAGGCCGACUUAAGAAUAAGUCGACAUAGAAUGCACUCAGAUUAAGAACCAGGCUACAAUCUCCAUUAGUGGGUUACUAUUUAUCGUAUAUUAUAUUAAUGUCAUCCACCUUAUUUUUUAUUUUAUCAUUCUAUUUACGUGACUUUACCGAAAGAACCAAAGAAUGAAUUCCAGCAGUCACGGAAGUUUUUAAGUAAACACUUAGUUACAUCUCUAACCUCAGGAUAUCGAAAUAUAACUCGAGAAUGAAGCCGAAACCGGUCAAUCACACGCGACCAAGACAAUGCGUUCCAUAGAGAGAGCCUCCAACCACCUUAGUCUUCCAGAAGCACGUGCUAGCAAUACAUCACACAUCAGCAGGGCACCUUGCCUUGAGAAAUCGAACACCAUGAAGGAAUUCCAAACUAUGAUGGAAGUACUGUAAACACUGCUCCAAACAUACCUUGAGUCACUUAUAGAGUCAGAACUGCAAAAAGUGCUACAGUAUCAAGCUAUUAGAGGUCAACUAAUAUUUUUAACUUCCAACUGGUACGAGAGAACACGACUUCAAAGGCCACAGCGCCCUUCUUUGAGAGAGAGGGAAGAGGGGCGGAGGAGUGGAGAAUGCAACCGGGCAAAAGGAACCCCUCCUCCCAGAUUAAUUAUUGAAAUCAGAACAUCCACACAAAGAGCGAAAUCAAAGGAUUUCUGGUCCUUUGUAAAAAGGCGGGCAGAGGGGAGAGAAUUUCACAUAUAAGCAAGGACAGAGCAUACAACUCAGUAGUGCGAGGGGUAGGCUCUAGGGCAGCGGUCGGGAACCUAUGGCUCGCGAGCCAUAUAUGGCUCUUCCAGUGACGGCAUAUGGCUCCCAGACAAUUUUGAGUUGAAAAAAUAAUUUACAAAAAAUCUGUUUGGAACUGAUUUAAAAAUACUUGUGAUAUUAGCUUAAUAAUACUGUGUCAUGUUAAAGUAAACAGAAAUUAGUUUUGAAGAUAAAUGUCACGGGUCACGCCUGCACGAAGCUCAACCUCACCACGUCGUACGAACCAGACUACAAGGCCAUCAGCAAAACCACGCAGCACCAGAAGUCGCAUUAAAAGUAAGACAUUUUAUUUAUUAUACGUUAAAAAUACUAUAUGGCUCUCGAUGAAAUAUAUUUAGAAAUAUUUGGCUUUUAUGGCUCUCCCAGUCAAAAAGGUUCCCGACCCCUGGUCUGGGCAUGACCUCGAGAUCAUCCCAUGGGUGUCGGAGAUGAUCCACACACACACGUUGCGCACAUGUCGGGACUAAUAAGAGUACUCCGAAAGUUAACCUUGUGUAUCGCCAAUUGAGUUAGGUAGAUACGGUCGUUUAGAAGUAUUUUAGUUAUUCUUUUUGUUAAUUGCAUAACUUCUAGAUUUGAAGCUUUCGUGACUGCAAGGAUUCAGAUUCUUAGGUUUUUUUCGGUAAAGUCACGUAGACAAAAAAAUUAUAAUUCAUAAAAGUUAAAUAAAAAUAAAAUUUAAAAAAUCACGGUUCCACCUGAAGACGGAAGCUUGUGUUGCCUCCGAAACGUCGUGAUUUUUAUUUUUAUUUUACUUUUAUUAUUAUUUUUUAUCUACGUGACUUUACCGAAAACACUUAAGAAUUUGAAUUGCAUAACUGUACCAAUGAAUUGAUUGAUGAAACUAAACAUUUAGACACAUCUAUGUUACGAAUUUACACAUUCACAGGGAGACUUGUGUUGAAAUCUUUCUUUUGAUCACAGAAUCUUGCCCGCGAAUGUUUUGAAGCCUUAGCCAAUUGAUACCCAUUUGCUGAAGCAGUCACAUUGCCACACACCAUUGUUCCAAGACAUUUAGUUAAUUACAUAAUCUUACCAAUGAAUUCAUUGAGGUCUACUUUUGCUUUCGGGACAUGUUUCUUUAUUGCUGUUUGCAUGAAUUGUCACAUUAAUUUUUAAGGACUUUUUCCCAUCGCCGUGAAUGCUCGCUUUACUCUGAGGAAUUAACCGAUUGUUCUGUUACCCAGUUUAACAAACGUGAUCAUUGAGGGCUAAAUGUCCGGAUCAAUAAGGAGAACAUCUCCAGGAGUACUGUUGACAUUCCUAGCAUAAGAGUUCGCAUAUUAGAGUGUUAUGUUUUUGUUUAGAGAUUAAAGUUGCUUAACACAGAAAUGUCUGAGUGG